AUGGGAAGUUCCUCCUCUAAAGCAGAUAUAACAAAAGGAAGAAAGGAUGAUGUCAGAGUUGAAGACAGAGAGAAAGAUGUAAGAAUUGUUGAAGUAUGGAUUGCUCUCAGAACAUUAGAUGGUUUUUGGUGUUUUGGUGCCAAUCAUUGGUCUGUCAUCCUCAGACUCAGCAACGGACAAUAUGUUUGCUCUCAAAAGGAGACUCAGGGUUUCGUGUGGACGACCGUUUGGAAUUCAAUGAGAUCGGCGGCACUCUCAACUUGGACAAAUGAGAGUAAUCCAACUAACCGUGUUAGAACCUCAUGUUAUGGUUAUUGUGAUUUCUCUUGGCAUAAAUUUCAUGAUUGGGUGCCACUGGGUGACAGUUAUUAUCUUGGACUUGAUGAUUGUCAGAACUUUGCAAGAGAAAUUGUAAAUAUGAUCACUGACAAAUCAGUUGGAAUGUUUCCAUUAGAAGAUGGUCCUACUUUUUAUCCAUAA